UUCGACAAGCUUAUCUUAAUCAAUUAUUAAAGAUUCUUUUCGAAUUUUUAGUAUUGAGAUAUUCGGUAGAGCGAAACUCGGUUGAAAACGGCGACAUGAAUACUCAAUUAACAACUGCAGUGUUGGCUUUAGCUCUUGUGUUGAUAUUAUGCACUGAAGCAACUAUUGUCCGAAAAUGUUCAGGUAAUGAUGACAAGCAAUUGAGCGAUGAAAAUGUGAAUUUUUCGAAUUGCAGAAAAGGACGUUGCUUGCUAUGGAAAGGCACCCAACUUUUUGUUCAAAUAAAUUUCGAACCAGAUCAUGAUGUAAAAAAUCUAAGAUCAAGCAUAGCUGGAAUGAUUUGGGGUAUAACAUUUCCAUUUAUUGGUGUUGAUGGAACAAGUGCAUGCGAUAAAUUAUAUGAAGAAGACGGAGUUACUAAAACCAAAUGCCCUUUAAAGGCCGGACACAAAUACGUAUACAAACAUGCAGUUGAUGUUUUACAUAUUUAUCCAUCAAUAGAUGUGGACGUUCACUGGGCCCUCACCGAGGACAACGACAAAGACCUUGUUUGCUUUGAAGUACCUGCAGAAAUUACCUCUUGAUAUUGACUUUAGAUUUAUUUGCUCAUGGUUUUUAGUCUGUUGUAGAUUUUUCACGAUUGUAUUUGU